CACCCACCUACACACACAUACGUAUACACAAACCGAGUCAACUCCCAAGUCCACAUCACACACACACACACACACACAUUUACAACAGCCUUUCAGAAGGUCUUUCCGGGUGGAGUGCUGAAGCGCAGUUUCUACAGUUUGAUCAACUCUGUUGUUCCUGCUUGAACCUGUAGCACCAUGGCUGCGCUUGGAAACCGCGGUACAGUCUCUCAGGCGUCGGAUUUCGAUCCCGAAAUCGACGCAGAGAAACUGAGAGUGGCCAUGAAGGGAACAGGCACCGACGAGGCAACGAUCAUCUCCAUCCUGAGUCAUCGUACGAUCGCACAGAGGCAGAAGAUUAAGGAGGCGUAUAAAGUUUCUGUAGGAAAGAAUUUGGAGGAUGAUAUAAAGUCGGAGCUGACCGGGAAUUUCGAGAAGGUCGUGUGUGGGUUGCUGAUGCCUGCACCUAGCUACGAUGCUUACGAGCUGAGAAGCGCCAUCAAGGGUGCUGGAACUGAUGAAGCAUGCCUGAUUGAGAUUUUGGCUUCAAGGACCAAUGCUGAAAUCAAAGCUCUUACUAUCACCUACAAGAAAGAGCACGAUCGUGAUCUGGAGGAUGAUAUCUCUGGAGACACGUCUGGCAUGUUUAAGAGGGUCCUGGUGUCCUUGGCCACGGCCGGGAGAGAUGAGAGCACCAAAGUGGAUGAGGCCCUCGCUAAACAGGAUGCCAAGGAGAUCUUCGAGGCCGGCGAGGCGCGCUGGGGAACAGACGAGGUCAAGUUUCUGACCAUCUUGUGUGUGAGGAACCGGAACCACUUACUUAGAGUGUUUCAGGAGUACCAGCAGAUUUCAGGCCGAGACAUCGAGGACAGCAUUAAGAGGGAGAUGUCCGGCUGUCUGGAGGAUGUUUUCCUCGCCAUAGUGAAGUGCAUCAGGAGCAAGCCGGCGUUCUUUGCCGAGAGACUUUACAAAUCUAUGAAGGGUUUAGGCACCACUGACAGCAUCCUGAUCAGAGUGAUGGUUUCUCGUGCUGAGAUUGACAUGAUAGACAUCAAAGCCGAGUUCCUGAAGAUGUACGGAAAAACUCUCAACUCCUUCAUCAAGGGGGAUACAUCCGGAGAUUACCGUAAGAUCCUUCUGGAGCUUUGUGGAGCUGAAAUCUAAGCCACAGAUCCACUUCAUUUACUAUAAUAUGACAUUUAUUAGGAGUGUGUAAUACAUUUGCUUAGUUAAUUGACUCCUGUUCAUUAACAUGUAGCUAACGUGUGUGUUUCCGGUCCAACCAUAUAUCAAAACAAUGUCCAAUAUUUCACGCUGUGUAUUGCCAAGUAAACAGAUCGGUGCUUUAAUCUCUAAUUAAAGAAAAAAUUUGUACCUCUCUCUA